CGGUAGUCGCAAAGAAAUGGCAAGCUUCUAUUCAGUCUAUCCUUUCCUUUCCUUUCCUUUAUGCAUAUUUACAAUUCAAUAAUAACAAUUUUAAUAUCCAAGAAUCUUAUUUUGUAGUAGUAACUUUGCAACAAUGAAGCUUUUGCGCGGAUUAACAGUAUUAUCAAUCAGCAUUUUGUCAGUGGUUGCCCUGGGUGGCUCCAAAGAAAGUUCACUGGAUCACAUCGAGGUUGAGCGUGUCAGAAGAUUGGCUAAUGCGUUGAACGUAUCUGACUCGGGCACACAGGGCAUGCUCAAGGUGGCCGGGGAUGCUAAGCGGGAGUUUCCACAUCUUUUGCGGCUAGUGGAUGACGUUCUCGAGCACAACAUAGUUAAGCGUGUGGUUGACCCCGUAGUUGACCGGCUCCUUCCAACCGUAGCGCAUGUGGUUAAUCCUGAACAUGUGUACAGGUUUGCCGAUAAUGCCGUUAAUGCCGGUUUCGAGGUUACAGACGGCUUGCUGCGCGCAGUAUUUGGGAGGGAAUCUGGGCUGGGAGACAUCUUGCAUCGCCCGCGUCCAAAGAAACCAGCUAUGGCUAUACCUACAGCAUCCAGUCUGAGGCAAAUGAUGCAAACAAUGUAAAGCUUGUACUGCCGUAGUAGUACUUAUUUGUUAUAUGUCUUUAAGGUAAUUUAAGUUUUCAACAUUUACCGAACUCUCACAAUGACUCUUGUAGCAAUUUUCUAAUUUUACAAAAGUGUAUAUCAAUAUACGUCAUUUCUCA